CCCCCCGCCCACACAUUCCAAAAGGUGAUUGACCGAACCCCGACGUGUCCAAUGAGGAAAGUAUUUUCGGCUGAGUGCGAGGAGUUUGGGAUUUCAUUGGGGAAGGACUUUCUUCGUAGUUGCUGUUGGAUGGAAGUAGGUGACACGUAACUAAAAUUGAAAGUGUUUGUAGGCCUCGUAUACAUCGGGAUUUUGAUUUCUGUUAUACAGGGAUGGACAACAUCUGAACGCGUUGCAAUGGGAAUCUGUUACAUCCGGUCUGGUUUUGUUUCCGAAUAGAGUGAGCUUUGCUUCUGCAUUAAUAAGCACAAUGACAAAUUCUGCUUCUCAUGAAACAUCGGAGAGAGUUUGCUGUGUGUAGUGUUGUCAAACGAAAAUCCAAGGAAAAGUUUUUUUUAAAUAAAUUAAAAAACGUAUUCCUUCGGCCUUCAAAACGCCGUUUUGUGGGCCACAAUGAAUCCAACAUAUUCACUAAACUUGCCUCAUCUUUAAAGUGUUUCUGGUUCCCUCUGUUUAAUAAUGCUUGGGGACGACUGAGGUGAGAAGGGGCUUGAGGUAGUUAAUAGUAGAAAGUUUAGACGAAGUUUGCACACAAGUGACCCGACGAUCGCUUGUGCAGGCGGCGGGGAGAGGAGCGAUUCAAUCAUGGGGAACGGAGUGUGUUCUCGGAGGCAGCGGAGAAUCUUCCAGUCUCUCCUUCUCAUCACGGUGCUUUUCGGAAUGAUUUAUGGCGGGAUGAUAUCGUAUGAGAUGCACAAUCAGUUGAAGAGGACUGAGGCGAUGGCUGUCAAGUACCAGCAACAUCAAGAGUCGCUCUCGGCGCAGCUUCAAGUGGUGUAUGAGCAUCGCUCGCGUCUAGAGAAGUCUCUGCAGAAGGAACGUAUGGAGCACAAGAAGGCCAAAGAGGAUUAUCUGGUGUAUAAACUUGAAGCCCAACAGUCACUGAACACGGAGAAGCAGGACUCCAGCAAUAAAUUCAACUCUUUACAUGGACAGCACCAGAUGCUGAAGAAGCAGCAUGAGGACCUGAAGAAGCAGCACUAUGAGCUGCAGGAGCAGCAUCAGAUUCAGGGAGAGGACCACGGCAAGGCCUUGGACGAACACAAGGACCGCUUCGACAAACUACAGCAGACCAAAGAGAUGGAAGUCUCCAAACUCAAAGAGAAUGUGAAUAAUCUGCGAGAGGAGAAUAAGCAGCUGAGGAAAGCUCACCAGGACAUCCGAGUCCAGUUGCAGGAUGCACGGAUAGUACAUAAGGACUUGAAGGCUGCCCAUGAUCAGCUUGCACUGACGCUAGAGGACCACAAGAGCGCGCUGGUUGCAGCUCAGGUCCAGGUGGAUGAGUUUAAACAACUCAAAGAGACCCUGAUCAGAAUGCCCAGCCUUCGACAUGAUCAAAACCCCUCCCACCAACAUGCCCAGCCAGCUGCUGUGUUGGCCAAGCCCCAUGAACAGGGCCCACCCUCUCCACAGUCAGCUGCCUUAUUCGCUGAGCCCCGCGUAGAAGCACACACCCACGAGGAAGACCACAGGGACACACAAUCCAGGCAUCUGCAGGAAGAGGAAGUGGGCAAGCCAGAGUUCCAGUCUCAGCCUGCCCAGUCCCGCCAUGCCGAGAAAGAGGGAUAUGGGGAUGCAGAGGGGGAGGCGGAGAGGAGGAGAGAGCUGGAGGAGGAAGAGAUGGAGCAGGCGGGACAGCCCCAGAAGCUGGAGGAGGAAUCUGAACAACCGCAGGAGGACGAGGGGUUGGAGGAGGAACAAGACCAGCCAGACGACAACGCUCUGGACCGUCAGAGACGCCAACCACAACUGGAUCCACAAAAUGACAUCCACCUCGUCCCUGAGACCCACCUUCAGCAGGAGGCCCACGUGACCCAGGAGCGGGUGAAGUCCGCCUACGAGCAGCAGCAGGAGCAGCAGCGCCUGGAGGCUGAGAGGACCCAGAGGACGAGGGAGCUCCAGCUGCGCCAGGAGGCCCUGCUGGCCCAGAGAAUGACCGUGCAGAGGGAGAGAGAGCUGCGUCUGCGAGCUCAGCGCGCGAGAGAGGAGGAGCAGCAUCGAGAGGCGGACCGUCGGGAACAGCUGCUGAAGGAGGAGCAGAUCAGGAAGAAGAGUAACUAUGAGAACGUAGACAAUGACAUCGUCCAAGGUGAUGAAGAACCUCAUACUGAUGACGACGAAGAGAGGGACCCUCACAUGGAGCAUGAUGAGGAGGAGCAAGAUGAGGAGGACCACCGCCGAGUACCACAACUACAGGAGGGGGCGGUAGAGGGCGACCCAGAGGAUGACCCUAAUAACCAGGGAGAGGAUGAGUUUGACGUGGCAGAGGAGCAGCAUCUUCAGCAUAGGGAGGAAGAGGAGGCAGACACGCACCCUAACCCCAAUCACCCAGCCGUAGACGAGGAACUGGUGAUGGCGGUAAACCCCGACCAGCAGGAAGACAACCGGGAUGAGAUGUAUCCGGAGGACGAGGUACAGGAGGAUUUGGCCGGGGGGCAGAAGAGGGAGGAGGAGGAGGAGCCAUACAACGAGGAGAACGAAGAACACGAAGAAGUGAAAGAGCAAGAGGUCCCAGCAGAGAAAGAGGGAGAACACAGGACAGGAGAGAUCCACGAGGAGGAGCACUACGAAGACGAGGUGGGGGUUGGACGGGACGAGCGGCCCAAUCGAAGGGAGAUGUGAGCUGGACAGAGACAUUGACCAAUGAGAGUGCCUUUCCCCAUCACUGGGAGCCAAUCAGAUCUCACUAUUGCUCCCUCUAAAGGAGUAAAAUCAGGCACCCACUCGGCAUUCCGAUUGGAAUUCUACUGGAAUGUCUGUUGGACAUGGGAUGGUAUUCCCUUUAGUUUGUGUGUGGGACUGGGACAAAGAUUUUGGUUUAUUAGUAUUUCUCCUUUGCAAAGAUAAUCCAUCCACUUGACAGGUUUUUCAUAUCAUGAAGCUGAUUAAACAGCAUGGUCAUUAUACAGGUUUUCACCUUGUGCUGGGGACAGUAAAAGGCCACACUAAAAUGUGCAGUUUUGUCACAACACAAUGCCACAGAUGUGUCAAGUUUUGAGGGAGCGUGCGAUUGGCAUGAUGACAGCAGGAAUGUCCACCAGAGCUGCUGCCAGAGCAUUUCAUGUUAAUUUCUCUACCAUAAGCCACCUCCAAUGUCGUUUUUAGAGAUUUUGGCACCACCUCAGACCAUGUGUAACCACGCCAGUCCAAGACUUCCACUUCCGGCUUCUUCACCUGCGUGAUCUUCUGAGACUAGCUACCGGGACAGCUGAUCAAACUAGGGAGUAUUUCUGUCUGUAAUAAAGCCAUUUUUUUUGGGGGGGGGAACUCAUUCUGACUGGCUGAACCUGGGAGGGCAUAGGCCCACCCACUUGCAAGCCAGGCCCACCCAUGGCUGAGCCCCUGUCCAGUCAUGUGAAAUCCAUAGAUUAGGGCCUAAUUAAUAUAUUUCAAUUGACUGAUUUCCUUAAAUGAACUGCAACUCAGUAAAAUCAUAGACAUUUUUGCAUGUUGCCUUUAAAAAAAACCAAAAGUUGUGUGUGUGUGUGUGUGUGUGUGUGUGUGUGUAUGUUUGUACACACACGUCUUUCCAUCUAUUGACCUAUCAGACAGACAUGAGAAAGUCAUGUUGCUGUACACUGUCUGUUUGUGCCCAGAAAGAGAUGGAAGAUUUGUGUCUAUUUGAGUGUCAGUCUUUUUAAAUUCGUUCUGUAAAAAAAAAAA